AUGGUCCGUCUAAGGGAAAUCCCGAGGACGGCCACCUUUGCCUGGUCCCCUGGUGCUGCAUCUCCAUUGAUUGCCACAGGAACUCGGGCGGGUGCUGUUGAUGUCGAUUUCUCUAACAAGACUUGCCUCGAGCUUUGGGAUCUUGGGUUGGACCGCCAGGACGCUAGUGAGGAGCUACAGCCACUGGCUAAGAUCGAGACUGAUGCUGGUUUCAACGAUCUAGCUUGGUCUGAUUACGAUGACACCAAGCGUGGUGUUAUUGCGGGUGGUCUUGAGAAUGGUGCAUUGGAUCUGUGGAGCGCCGAUAAGCUACUUGCAGGAUCGAGCGAUUCUUUGAUGUCACGAACUACCAAACACUCAGGUGCUAUUAAGGCACUUCAAUUCAACCCUAAGCACUCGAACCUCCUGGCCACCGGUGGCGCGAAGGGAGAGCUCUUCCUCUCUGAUCUGAACAACGUCGAUAACCCAUUCCGAUUGGGCAACAACGCAGCCCGCACAGAUGAUAUUGAGUGUUUGGACUGGAACAAGAAGGUCGCUCACAUUUUGGUUACUGGUAGCAGUGCCGGUUUCGUGACGGUGUGGGAUGUCAAGACGAAGAAGGAGACCCUUACCCUUAACAACAUGGGCCGAAAGGCUGUUAGCUCCGUUGCUUGGGACCCCGCGAAGCCUACCAAGCUAAUCACUUCCACUCCCCUCGAGUCAGACCCGAUGAUCUAUGUUUGGGAUCUGCGUAACUCGCAUGCCCCCGAGCGUACUUUGAAGGGCCACGAAUCUGGUGUGCUUUCACUUUCUUGGUGUGCCCAAGACCCAGACCUCCUCCUAUCCUCUGGUAAAGAUAAUCGCAACAUCUGCUGGAACCCGCAAACCGGCGAGGCUUACGGCGAAUUCCCCGUGGUCACCAAUUGGACCUUCCAGACCCGCUGGAACCCCCAUAACCCCAACUUCUUCGCUACUGCGUCUUUUGAUGGCAAGAUCUCGGUUCAGACCCUUCAGAAUACCCGGACCGAUACGUCGCAGGCCAUCGAUGACCACAACCAGGCUCUAGACGGCGAGGACUUCUUCGCUAAGGCCCAGUCCCAACCCCAAGUCUCCAAGUUCUCUCUUCCCAAGCCUCCUCGCUGGCUCGAGCGCCCCUGUGGCGCUUCCUUUGGCUUUGGUGGCCGCGUCGUGUCCAUCGGCCUUUCAGAAAGUGGCUCGCGUGCUUCUAAGAUUAAGAUUACUCCUUUCGAGGUUGACGAGAGCGUCGGAAAUGCCACGGAAACCUUCGAGGCUGCUCUGAGAGAGGGUGAUCUUCGGAGCCUCUGCGAGACUCGCAUCGCAGGUGCUUCAACUGAAGAGGAGAAGGCCGACUGGACAGUCAUCGAAGCUUUGCUCUCUGAGAACCCUAGAAAGGGCCUGGUCGAGUACCUGGGCUUCCAAGAUCAAUCAGCUGACGAAGCCGCCGAUAGCUUGUCAAAGCUUGGCUUGGGUGCGAAGGAAGAUGGGACCAACGGUACCGCCGAAAAGCCCAAGGCUGAAGCCAAGAAACACAAGCGUCUUCAAUCAAUGUUUGAUGCUACUCCCGAUACCGAUAACUUCCUUUCGGAACUCACUGCAUCGAAGGGUGCCCAGACAAACAACCCAUUCCAGAUCUUCAGUGGCUCGGAGAGCGAGGCAGAGCAGAAGAUCACUCGCUCUUUGCUAUUGGGAGAAUUCGAGAAGGCACUUGAUGUUGCUCUUCAAGAGGACCGCAUGUCGGAUGCCUUCAUGAUUGCCAUCUGUGGCGGUGAAAAGUGCAUCGCAAAGGCUCAGGAGCACUACUUCUCUAAGCAGACUGGUGGACCUAACUACAUGCGUCUCCUUGCUUCCAUUGUGGGCAAAAACCUCUGGGAUGUUGUAUACAAUGCCGACCUUUCCAACUGGAAGGAGGUUAUGGCUGCACUGUGUACUUUUGCUGACCAGAAGGAAUUCCCUGACCUUUGUGAUGCUCUCGGAGACCGUCUUACGGAGCUGGUCCAGAGUAGUAAUGACAAGAGUGCUCGCAAGGAUGCCUCGUUCUGCUACCUUGCCGGUUCUAAACUCGAGAAAGUCGUCGCUAUCUGGGUUGAGGAGUUGCGCGAGAACGAGCAGAAGGGCAUUGAAGAUGAUGCUGACAACUCUACUUUCUCUAUCCACGUCCGCGCUUUGCAGGGUCUGAUCGAAAAGGUGACCAUCUUCCGACAGGUCACCAACUUCCAAGAUACGGAGCGGACGAAGGAAUCUGGUUGGCGUCUUGGCAACUUGUACGAGAAGUACAUUGAGUAUGCGGAUGUCGUUGCUACCCAUGGCCGUCUCCAAAUUGCUCAGAAGUACCUUGACCUUGUACCGGAGAAGCACCCCGAGGCCGAAGUCGCUCGAAACCGCAUCAGACUUGCUACUAGACAGAUUCCGCAGAAGGCAGCUGCUACCACAACAGCACGAGGAGGCUUCAAGCCCCUGCCGCAGCAGCCUAAUGUCUACUCGCCGCAGCAGACUUUUACCCCUGCAGCCCCGGCAGCUCCUGCGCCCCAGAACCCUUACGCUCCCACCCAGUCGCCCGUCAACCCUUAUGCUCCUCCAGCACCGGCAGCGACGUUUGGAACUCAGCAGCAGCAAUCGCCGGUGAACCCCUAUGCUCCCCCGGCCGCCGCACCUGCCAACCCAUAUGCUUCGCUCUCCGGUGGCAGUGGCUACCAGCCUGCUCAAAGUAUGAAGCCAGUGUCGUACGCUCCGCAAGCUCAGUUCGGUGGACAGCCUGCGGCUACGGGUGUUCCUCCUCCUCCACGCGCUAGCAAUCAGUCACCCGCCAACACCAUCACGACCUACACAACUGCCACCGGCCUUCCUGCAUGGAAUGAUCUGCCUGAAGGUUUCGCGAAGCCUUCGGUGUCGCGUCGUAGUACUCCCGCUGCGCCUGCUACCAUUAGCUCCCCAUUCCCCAACCAGUCCCCUCCUCUCGCUCAAGGGCCCCCGCCCGCGGCUGGCCAGCGCGCACCAUCUGUACCCCCUCCACCCAAGGCCGGUACUCUCCCACCUCGCGUGUCAUCGCCUCUGACGUCGAGUGUUGCUCCUGGUCCCUCUCCGCCACCGCCAGUCAACCCAUACGCUACUCUUCCCACGUCCCCACCAGUAGGCCACAUGGCUCCGCCUGCGUCAAUUCCCAGGGGACCCUCGCCUUACAAUGCCCCGCCAAGCAUGCCGCCGCCCUCAAACCGGUACGCACCCAGCCCGGCUGCUCAGGCCGCAAGUCCCCAAUUGCAGAACCGUGGCCCGCUGCCUCCCCAGGCUGGAGCCGCUACCGGGGCACCAUAUGCCCAAGCCCCGCCGCCUAACCCAUAUGCAUCCGUUCCGCCGCCAAACCAAUAUGCAUCUGCCCCGCCGCCGCCAGCUGCUGCUGUUCCCCCUCCGCCUCGAGCUGCGGUUCCUCCCCCACCCCAGGGUUCUCGUCCUGGUACAGCCCAGUCUCAGGCACCCACUCCUCCCCCUGCAGCUGCAGAACUCAAAUAUCCUGCGGGAGAUCGUUCUCACAUCCCUCAAAACGCCUUGCCAAUUUACGAGAUCCUCAACCCUAAAAUGCAAUAUCUUGAGCCUCGCGCACCGGAGAAGUUUAAGAAGCAAACUCAGAGGUCUGCACAGUCGUUGAAUGUGAUUUUCGAUCGUCUGAACAACGAGACCUUAAAGCCUGAAACUGUGCAGAAGCUUGUUGGCUUGGCACAAGCCGUCGAGGCGCGCAGAUAUGACGUUGCUACUAAGAUCCACGGUGAUCUCCUGAUCAACAACGGCGAUGAACUCAGCGGCCUACUGGUGGGUGUGAAAUAUCUGAUCCAGAUGUCCUCGGCUACCUGGCGACCUGAGGAGGCUCCCUCGCAGUCGCAGAUUAUUUAG